GUCUUUCAGGUGCAAACAAGCGCAGCAGCACAAAGACAAUAUAUGAAGGACCGAAAACAACGGUCGCCUCACGCCAUCACUGAUAAUCAUACACUGGAGCUCGAUGGGAGCGCCCAGCUCCGCCACCAGCUCAGCCGCGUCCACCGGCGACGGAAAAAGGCUGAGAAGAGAAGAUUUCAAGCGCACCAAACACGACUCUGCUUUCUCCAGAUGGAAGAUUCUGAUAGGACCUUCUGAUUGGGAGGAUUACUCAAUGGCAAAAGAAGGAGUGGAAAAGUACAGGACGCAAAAUCUUCCGAAGUGGACUUCUUGUUCCGGAGUAUAUGAGCUUGGAGUGGCUGCAUCACGUCCAAAAUCCGGGAGAGGGGCCCGCGAAUUUAAGUCGAGCUCUGUGGUUCCUGUUUAUCUUGGACAAGCUGACAAUCUUAGGAAUCGACUGCAGCAGUAUGGCCGUGAUGGUGCCCAUCUGGAGAACGGAUGUUUGAAUCUCAAGUUUAACGACUGCCAAACAAGCACUUCCCAUAAUAGGCUUGGAUGGUUUGCAGAUAUAUUCUCGAGAGGUUUGCCAAUUCUUUAUAGAUGUGCCCCAGUAAGUAUUUAUUAUCGCUGCUAAGGCUGUUUAUCAAUUGAAUGUGCUGUUUUGGUGUUUAUUUUUAAUUUGUGUGUACUUACAUCGCGGUAGUAAUGUGAGAGAGUGAUAUUGUGACAGUAAUUCAGACUAUAAUAAAAUAUGGAAUGACAUGAGAAAAGUAGUUUCUCAAGAAAAAAGGUUAUUUUAUUGGGGCAAAUUUUUAUCUGUUUUAUGGGAUGAUUAAAAUCUGCUGACUAUCUUCCAAGGUUCAACUUUGCAGCUAAAUUUAGCAAGUUUUCAUGCUAUCGGAUAAAAAUGAAAACAGAAAAGGAAAAUAUGUGGUAGUUUAAUGAUUCCAAGCAGAUAAAUCAUGCAACUAAAUUGGCAUGUUGGUGUUUCCUAAAAGCCUUUUUCACCUUGCACAACUAAAGAAGAAUUAUUUUUUCUUUUUUAUUAGGUCUUCUCUUGAAGAUUUUUUGUGUAUCUGCAUUCUUGAUUGUCAUGAAAAGAAGACAGAACAUUACUACUUUAGAUAGAUUGAUGGUCCUUAGGCUUUUUAGGCAUUAAGCGCCUUAUGAUGACGUGGGUAGCUCGAACAUUUUUUUUAAGAAGUCUUAAAAUCCCCCUUGUUUUUGUUAAUUUUUGUCAUACCAGCCACCAGAUGUAUGGUUUUUCUAAAAUAUCAUCACAGUAAUUUCUAUUACUGAUGAUCCUUGAGGUUUUAAGCAUUAUAAGAGCCUUAUGACAAGUGGCGUAGCACGAAAAUUUUUUCUUUUUAAGAAAAAGUGUUGCAAGCCCCAUACUUUUUUUAUUAGUUUUUGUUGUACCAGGUGUAUGUUUUUCAAAACUAUCAUCAGAUUCACUAAUUUCUUGUAUUCUUUUACUGCUUGGAAGGCCGACGCAUUGGACUGAGUUACAGAAGGGAUUUUAUUUUCUUCAUACAAAAUUCUCAAGUAGUUUUUGUUUUUUAUAUUUUCUUUUCGACACACUUAUUAGAUGGAGAUGGGGUGGGCUGGGGUGGUCCCGCUUACCUCUGCCAUUUCUUUUGAGAAUGUGAUCGGAUAAGAAAAUUUCGAAAUCUCCCCACAAUGGAGCUAUUCAUCCAUGUGAUUUCAGUUAACACUAUUCUCAUCCCUUUUCCUCUAAAUGUCCCUCGACAGACGAAAAGCAAGAAAGAUGCAGAGACAACCGAGAGACAGCUACUCAACAAGUUCGACUACGCAUGGAACAAAGGCAGUAACGGCCCACGCCGCCCAUAUGACAUCCACAGAAAGCUCGAUUACCUCUUGAAACAGUCUCAAUUUUCUCUCCUGGUGAAAAAGUUCAUUUUUGUCAACAAAAAGCCAGUUGGGAUUAAAAUCAAAGCUUGUGAGCCGUGCUCGUCAAAAAAUGGACCCGACCCUAGCAGUUUGGAUAACAUCACAAUAUUCUCCAGAAUAUUCAGAGGUAAGAGGCUGCAGCCCAGACCAAAUGUACAGUAUGAACAUUCGGGUGAUUAUAGCACUAUUGAUAUUUGUGGGGUUGGAAUUGGUUAUGGAUCCGUGUGUAGUGUGCCACCUGUUAAGGGGAGAAAGAGGUGUGCUUUGCAUAAAGGGAUGAGGGUUAAUGGUUCUGUUUUAAAGUUGAAUAAUGAGGGGAAAGUAGUAUCUCCCGUCGAAAUUGAUAUUGAAGAUCAAUUUUUUCGCCCGACUUGUGGAUUUAACAUGGAAAAUGGCUUGCCUUGUAGAAAGGAGCCAGUCCCAAGAAAUAAAAGGUGUUUGGAACAUAAAGGAAGGAGGAUUCGAAAAUCUUAAUUGGUAUUUGUAAUAGAAGAGUAGCAAGUAUUAUGAACAGUGGGACUUCAUUUGUUGAGCACUGUAUUCUUGUAAGCAUGGACAUGGUUGAAUGUAGAGAAUCAGACGUCCUUUAUGAAUAGAGGGACUUAAUUUGUUGAGCACUGUAUUCAUGUAAGCAUGGACAUGGUCGAAUGCAGAGAAUCAGACGUCCUUAUUUUGAUAUAAAAUAGGAUACACGACUAAAGUCCUAAGUUGAGGCCUAUGUGCUUCACUGAUUGUGUUAGUUUGUAUUCUUCUAUUGUUUCUAUAGUUAUGGAAUGUGCUACUUCUGCUGUGUUGAACUUGAAUGGUACCAUUCUGAACAUUGUACCAAGGAUUUUUUUUCUUUUCUUCUUCCUUUUGUUGGGUUCGGCGAAAAACGUCGAUUGAUGUGCAGCUUGAAAUCUACGGAAGUAAUCAUAAGCGCAACAGAUUCAAAGUUACAAUGAAAUCGUGCCGUUUAAAAGUUGUCGAUUCAGAGAAGAUUACACGGUCUACAAGAUCAUAUGAGCAUGUCGUACGACCUUGAAAUCUUAUGUUGUAUUUCGG